AUGGAAGUAGCCAACAACAUGAGAAACCUAGGAGAGGAGAUGCCAGAUCCCAAGGUUGUAGAGAAGAUUCUGAGAACUUUGGUGGAAAAGUUCACUUAUGUUGUUUGUGCUAUAGAGGAGUCUAAGGACAUCAAAGCAUUGACGGUAGAUGGACUGCAAAGCUCGUUGAUGAUGCACAAGCAGAAUCUAAGCAGACAUGAAGGAGAGAAUCAGGCUUUGAAGGUCGAGGGUCAAUGGAGAUCUGGAAAUGGAAGAGGCAGAGGAAGCUAUCCUAGUCGAGGACAUGGUAGAGGAAGCUACCAAGGAAGAGGACGUGGAGGCUCUUCAAAGAAUCAAAGGAGAUGGUGGAGUGUUACAAGUGUCAUAAGCUAG